CUCCGGAACAGAGACACUCCGGGAAGUUUCUUCAGUUCAGUUCGGAGCCGAACUCAGGGACCGGGUCCCGACUGCGAUCCACCCGAGUCAUCAGGUCCUGACUCAGAGGACAGAGGACACACGGACCCGGGACGGUUCGGGUCUUUUUUACUUUUUUCUCUCGCUCCGAUCUGGCGCGCGGAGGUUUUACGCGUAACCAGGUCGGUUCCUUUGGACCGUGAAUCCUGUGUAGGUUCUAAUCCAGUUCUCAUCAUGGACCCGGUUCAGCUGCUGCUGCUGCUGCUGAUGAUGAUGAAGGUUGUUUGUUCUCAGAUGUGCUGCAGCAGAGCCACGGAGCUGAGAAACAAACGUUACACUGUGAAUCCUCUGGGACACAAGUGGACUCACUACAACAUCACCUACAGAAUCAUCAAGUUUCCGAACACUCUGAACGUGGAGGACACUAAGAAGGCCAUCAGCAUCGCCUUCACCAAGUGGAGCGACGUCUCUCCUCUGACCUUCUCAGACGUUUCUGAAGGCAACGCCACGGCCGACAUCACCAUCGGUUUCUACACCUUCAACCACACUGACUGCUGGUGGGCUCCUCUACACCCCUGCUUCGACGGCCUGAACGGAGAGCUGGCUCACGCUUUCCUGCCGCCGCGAGGAGAGAUCCACUUUGACAACCACGAGUUCUGGAUCCUCGGCAAGUCCAGAUUCAGCUGGAAGCAAGGUGUGUGGCUGAACGACCUGGUUCAGGUGGCGGCUCAUGAGAUCGGUCACGCUCUCGGCCUGUGGCACUCCAGAGACCCUCAGGCGCUGAUGCAUCCCAACGCCACCUACACCGGGCAGAGGAACAUCGCUCAGGACGACGUGUGGGGCAUCCAGAGACUCUAUGGUUGUCUGGAUAAGAAGCGAGUCUGUGAUCCGUGGGCUCGACUCGGCUUCUGUGAGCGGAGGAAGACCUUCAUGAAGAAGAACUGUCCUCAGCGCUGUGACCUCUGCUACGAGCCUCUGGAAGCAGUUACCACACCGACUCCGUCUCCAGCCAACUUCAAGAUCAAGAUGGUUCCCAGAGGGAAGGUGGUGGGUUUCCGCUGUGGAACCAAAAACUCUCGCUCUCCGCCCAAAGUCAGCUGGUUUAAAGACGGAGAACAGAUCCUCGCCUCCGUCCCCGGCUACAUCGUCUUGAAGGACCGAGACCUUCGCAUUAUAGCCAAUGAGUUCAACGAGGGUGUUUACACCUGUCGCAUCCAUCGACGCGGGGAAAUCGUAUCUGCCAACUCCUGGGCCAUCCGACUAAAACCAGAGCAGCCGUCUAACAGCUGAGGAACCAACACGAUGAGCCAGGUUUAUAUUAGAGGAGACGACUCACUACGAUAUGACAGAAAGUCCCCAAAAGGUUUUUCCCUCUGCAAACCAACAGAACGAGGUUCAGUUUGAUCCAGACCCAGAACUCCUGUUCUGCUCUGAGGAACCUUCACACCUGAUGUCUGGACUGAGCUGAAGAGUCUGGAGCUCUGAACCAAACCAGGUGUGAGAGAGUGAAGCCUGAGGCUCCAACAUUGAAUCGAUAUAUAGAUUUAUAAAGAUGGACAACAUGUCUCCAUUUCCUCCUUCUCCCUCAGAUAUGGGCGCCGCCAUCUUGACCUGGUGACGUCAGAACGUUUGAUCGAAUGAAUUUGAUCAUUUCAUAGUUUUAGUUAGCGCCCCCCCACCAGUAAUGUAUAUGACAUGUUUGUAUUGUAAGUCAUGUGACAGCAGCUCUGACGUCUUAUUGAAUCUUUUAUUUUUCAGUUGCUCACAUUGUUUGUGGCGUCUCUCUUCUUCUUCACUGACGUUCUAAAAACAUAGUCCUGUGUGUGACACUGAUUUACCCAUAAUGCACUACUGAGUUUAUUGCAGAGGAACAUGAUGCCAUGAAUUAAAAUAAAUUCAGUUUCUAA